AUUUGCUGUUUCGCACCGCCAUAAAAGUCUUUGAUUUUUCGCUCUUUAUAAAAACCCCCAAAGGAGACGACUCGGAAACCGACAAGCGACGCCAUGUCUGGAGGUAUAGCUCGCGGCCGUCUAGCGGAGGAGCGCAAGGCCUGGCGGAAGAACCACCCUCACGGUUUUGUUGCGAAGCCGGAGACUUUACCAGAUGGGACGGUUAAUUUGAUGGUGUGGCAUUGCACGAUUCCUGGCAAGACCGGUACUGACUGGGAGGGGGGUUUCUUUCCUCUUACACUUCACUUCAGUGAAGACUACCCUAGCAAGCCUCCGAAGUGUAAAUUCCCGCCAGGUUUCUUCCACCCCAAUGUAUAUCCAUCUGGAACUGUCUGUCUAUCAAUUCUUAAUGAGGACAGUGGUUGGAGACCAGCAAUAACUGUGAAGCAAAUUCUUGUGGGCAUUCAGGAUUUGCUGGACCAGCCAAAUCCUGCUGAUCCUGCACAGACAGAAGGGUAUCACCUCUUCAUUCAGGAUGCCACAGAGUACAAGAAGAGGGUUCGGCAGCAGUCAAGGCAAUACCCACCUCUUGUCUGAUGCAAAAUUGGCCUUCUAGUCCAAGAAAGUCCCGGUACUUUGGUAACUGUCGGUUGCUGCCUUUUGUUUAAUGUUAAAAACUGCUUAUGUCAAAAAUUGUUGUUUGGAAGUUAUAAGCAGUUUCAGUUAGCAUCAUGUGUACUCUACAAAGUUGAAUUUAUAUUCUGUAAUCAUUUGGAUUAACUUGUGUUAAUGAAUGACACUAGUACGAGUGACCGGUGAUACUCAUGAGUCGUGUCAAUGAGAAACACAAUCUUAAGUGUUGAGACUAUGCCGAUUGUGUUGAUUUAUGAGAGUUGUCAUUUGUGGCUUUGAUUGCGUGUAUUUAUGAAGCAAAUGUUUCUCAAAUUUUAUGAUACCAGUUGAUCCGGUGGUGUUUCA